CCUUAGUACGAAUCUGUUCCUACAAACAAGUUGUUUAUUUGCUCAGAAAUUAGCUAUUUAUAUAAACAAAAAUUUAACUAAAAUGUUUAAAUAUAAAAAUUAUUGUUAUAAAUUAAACUAUUUAGAUUUGACAAAACACACAAAUUUACUACUAAAUAAAAAUUGUCAUCUAAAACCGCAAAUAAAUCAAUUGAGACUUAGAUCUGCUAUUUCCACUACCUUAAAUGAGCCAGACGAUGACAUCAAGUCAACUUUUAGCUCUGAAUGGCAAUCGGCCAAACCUUUCGAAGAGAUUCCCACUAUGAGUAGUUUUACACUAAUAAGAAAUUUUCUACCAGGUGGCAAAUAUCAUAAAUUAGAUACAACACAAUUCUUAAUGGCCUUAAGAGAAGAUUUGGGUAGUUUUUGCAAAAUACCCGGUUCAUUUGGUCAAACGGACAUUGUUUUUACACAUAAUGUUCAAGAUUUUGAAACACUUCUACGUAACGAGGGUAUUUGGCCCAAAAGAGUGGGAUUAGAGGCUUUGAACUAUCAUCGUAGUGUAUAUAGAGCAGAUUAUUUUCAAGGAACUGAGGGACUUUUGGCAACACAUGGUGAAAAGUGGGGCUCAUUUAGAUCAGCAGUCAAUCCGGUACUAAUGCAACCCAAAAAUGUAAGACUGUAUUUGGGAAAAAUGUCUCAGGUCAAUAAGGAAUUUAUAGAGAGAAUUCGUCAAAUACGUGACCCUAAUACUCUAGAAAUGCCUGAUACCUUUGAAGAGGAAAUAAAUCGCUGGACUUUAGAAUCUGUAUCGGUAGUCGCUCUGGACAAACAAUUGGGUUUGAUUACCAAAAAUCGGAACAAUCCAAUGGCUACAAAAAUGUUUGCCACUCUAAAUGAAUUCAUAGCACUUUCAUUAGAUGUAGAGCUGAAACCCUCAAUAUGGAGAUAUUAUAAAACGAAAACCUUUAAAAAAUUAAUGAAUUCUUUGGACACUCUAUUAGAGAUAACCACUACCUAUAUAAAUGAGGCCAUUGAACGUUUGGAACAGGAACGUUUAAAUGGUGUGAAAGAGAAGGCAGAACAUGAGAAGAGUGUUUUAGAAAAACUGCUAAAAAUUGAUAAGAAAAUCGCAACAGUUAUGGCCAUGGAUAUGUUUAUGGCGGGAGUGGAUACGAGUUCUUCCACUUUUACUGGGCUUUUAUUAUGUCUGGCUAAAAAUCCCGAAAAACAAGCUAAAUUACGAGAAGAAGUUAGGCAAAUUUUACCUCACAAAGACUCGGAAUUCACGGAAGAAGCCUGUAAGAAUAUGCCUUAUUUAAGAGCUUGUAUUAAGGAAUCUCUGCGUGUUUAUCCCUUAACCGUGGGCAAUGCCCGUUCACCAGCCAAUGAUGUGGUAUUAAGUGGCUAUAGAAUACCUAAAGAUACACGAGUUUCUAUGGUUUCUAUAGCAUUAUUACGCGACGAAAAUCAUUUUCCUAGAGCUAAUGAAUAUCUACCAGAACGUUGGUUGCGAGCACAAAAGGAGAGUAAUACAAAUCAAGCAACAACAUCUGCACAUCCCCUAAGACCCAGCUGUCCAUUUGUUUAUUUACCCUUCGGUUUUGGUCCACGCACUUGUAUUGGUCGUCGUAUUGUAGAGAUGGAACUAGAGCUGGGCAUCGCUCGUAUAGUGCGCAACUUUCAAAUAGAAUAUAAUCAUCCUACUGAUAAUGCAUUUAAAAGUGUGCUGAUGAAUAUCCCUAAUAUACCGUUGAAAUUUAAAUUUACCGAUAUUGAUGUAUGAGAAAUGUCUUAAAUGUUAAUGUAAUUGAAUAUGUGAUGUUAAGAACUAUAUUUUAGCAGUAGAUAAAUAAUGUUAUUAAUAAAUUAUAUAGAAGAAUUGAAAAA